AUGUUUCAAAAUCCAUUAAGUGAGAGUAAAGUUCCAAAUAAUCUAUUACAGUUUCAAACUCUAAUAACUUGUGAUUACUUUCACGAAAUUUUAAACGAAGAGCUUAUUCUAGUUAAUGAUGAAAAUACACAACAUACUUUUUAUUAUAAUUAUCCUUCCAAUCCAUAUAUUCAUGCUAUUAGAAAGUUUGGUGGUAAAAAUUAUUCCCAAUCAUAUAAAAUUAUAUCUCUUGGACAAUAUCCUACAAAAGUAAUUUACACUAGAAAAGAAAAGGGAAUAAAUUAUAAAGUUCUGAAUAAUUAUCAAGUAGAAACAACAUUAAGUGGACUAACAGUUUUAUAUAAAACACAAUAUCAAUUUUCGCGUAAAAUUGCAAUUAAAUAUAUUAUUGAAUGGACAGAUGAAAAUGAUCAAAUAAAGUCAAGAUAUAGCUUGUCAUCAGCUGAGGUAGCAGAUUCUUUAUUUUUAAAAGAAAUUGCAGCACAAACUUUAACAAUUCUCAAAAAUAAUAAAUUUACCUCACCAUCUGAAGAAAUUAUAGUAACAAUUGAAGCUAUAGUUCUUAAAAUUAAUGGGGAAAUUGUAGAAUUACAUUUUUAUUCUAAUAAUAUAACUGAUUUUACACAACAUUUAGAUUCAAUCAUCCGUGCCUGUGAUGAAACAUUAAUUUCACGUGAUAGUUAUCGCAGGCUAGCCAAAGCAAUUCCAAAUUUAAUAAGAGAAUAUAUAAUUGAAAAACGCCGAAAUGAAAUUACAAAUAUAAUGAAUGCCCUUAUUCCAAUCAAAUUAUUUAAUAUUUAUAAUUUCCUAUUAACAACUUUAACAUCUCCUGUUUUAAAAGUUGGUAAUAAAAUUAAUAUAAAAUUAAGUGGAGAUGGAAGAAAUGUAGGAAGAAAGCAAAAGCAUGUGAUGCUUAUUAUGUGUAUUCUUAAUGAAGAAGAAGCUGUUUUGAAUCCCGCUCAUCAAUAUAGUAUUUGUUUAUAUAUAGGGAAAGAAUCUUAUGAUUUUUUAUCUAUUGUAUCAAUCAAAUUUUCACACGAACUUGAAAAAUUAAAAACUAAUAGAUAUAAAGAUUCAAAUAAUACAAUUUGGCCAGUUGAAUUAUUUUUUUUGGGUGAUUGGAAAUUUGUAGCAUUAGUUAUGGGAAUCAAUGCUGCAACAUCUAAUUACUUUUGCCUCUAUUGUAAUUGUCAUAAAGAUGAAAGAUAUAAUAUGGAUAAAGUAUGGUUAAACUCAAAAAAUAUGUGUGGAUAUAAAAAUAUGAUGCUUUUUCAAGAAAUAGAUCAAAGUAAUUGGAUUACAGAUGAAUUACAUCUUAUGUUGCGAAUUUCAGAUACAUCACUUAUGGGUCCCAAUAAGAAAAAGAUAUUAAAAGAUUUUCAGGUUAAACAUCUUUUUGAAGGACAACAAGCUAUAAGAGGACAAAAUAUUGAGCAUCUAUGGCCAUGUGCCUCAAUUUAUGCGAUAUCUAAAACAAAAGGAAUGGUAUUGCAGCACUUUUCAACAUCAAGUAUAGAAAAGAAAAAUCAUCAACAG